AUGUCCAACUCUCUUCGGAGGUCUCCUCUUGAUGAAGGGUAUAGCGAACAUCCUUUGACUGUCGUUAAUCAACCAAAAUUCGAGGGGUUGCCUUCAUGGCUUGCAGAGUUGUCUACCGAAGAUCGCGCAGAUUGCAUUUUAGAUAUCAUGAGUAAAUUGCCAACGUCAGAAGUGUGGGAUAUAGUUGGGCGACUUAAACCACGGCUCAAAAUGGAUUUCUCCCUCCACUUACCCUCAGAGAUAUGUUUGAGGAUUCUCGGCUUCCUUGAUCCAGUAUCACUAAUCCGAACCGCCCGCGCCUCGCGACAUUGGCAAGUUUUAUGCUUCGAUCGAAAAUUAUGGGAGCAAUUGUAUACACGAGAUGGGUUUAGAGUUAUUCGCUCGGAAGUUAUGAAGUUCGAGUUCCCCAACAGACAAUCACGAUGGUGGAGUCCACAGACUAGCUUCGAGCUCAAUCCUUCAGUUGAGCGCAGAACGAGGGGCAAUAUACAACAGAUAUUACCAAACCCGGAUGGCGAUGAUGAUAAUCGAGGAUCGAAUAUGAUGAAACAGACUUCAAUAUUUGGUCCCGCAAGCACAAGGGACAUGAGACAGAGUCCCCUUGCUGAAGACUCGAUCAUGAUUGAUGCACCAAUGUUAUCGGCUGAUAGUGAUAGAGACCGGACAUCAUUUUCUGGCACAGAUGGGGGUGUUGCCAAAUGGAAAGGAAAGGGAGUUUCGCUUCCCAGACAAGGAAAUGAACUAGCGAUUGUGGAUCGAAGUAGUGGAGAAGAGAAACUCAAUUGGCAUUAUCUCUAUACACAGAGAAGACGCCUAGAAGCGAAUUGGGAAGCUGGCAAAUUUACCAACUUUCAGUUGCCACACCCUCACUAUCCGGAGGAAGGUCACACAGAAUGUAUCUACACCAUUCAGCACACUCAAAAUUAUCUAGUCAGUGGUAGCCGUGAUAAAACUAUACGAAUCUGGAACUUAGACACAAGACGUCUUGCUCUUCCCCCAUUGGCAGAACAUGGGGGUUCUGUACUCUGUCUCCAGUUCGAUCCAGAUCCCGAAGAGGAUAUAGUUGUUUCUGGUAGCAGUGAUGCUACCGUCAUUAUCUGGCGAUUUUCGACAGGUAAAGUAAUACAGCGAUUAACAUCGGCACAUAGAGAAUCGGUCUUGAAUGUCAAAUUUGACAAAAAUGUGCUGGUCACCUGUUCGAAAGACAAAACCAUCAAAGUGUUUAAUCGACGAUCUAUCAGCGAGCAAAGCCUCAUGAAUGAUACAGCUUCGAUUCAAAUACAAAACCUUGGCUUCGAAAACAACCCAGUAGGAUGGAGGAUCAUACCACCAUAUACGAAUAUUAGCAAGUUAAAGGGUCACGGAGCGGCUGUUAAUGCCGUUCAAGUGUUGGGCGAUGAAGUCGUGUCUGCUUCUGGUGAUCGAACAGUAAAAAUCUGGAACUGGAGAAAGAGCACUUGCACUCGAACUCUGAUUGGGCAUAGUAAGGGAAUUGCAUGUGUUCAAUACGAUGGGCGUCGGAUAGUGAGCGGCAGCAGUGAUAAUGAGGUCAAAGUCUUCGACAGAGAAUCCGGUCUCGAAGUAGCCAGCCUCAGAGGACAUACUAACCUAGUAAGAACCGUACAAGCCGGGUUUGGCGAUUUGCCAUACAGUGCAGAAGAAGAAAAAGCGGAUGCAAAGAGAAUUGAUAGGGAAUAUUUCAAGGCUGUGAAUGGUGGGGUUGUCGAUCAAACUUAUCAAUCAAGUCGCCUCAAGAAUGCCGGAUCCUCAAGACCAGAAGACAUCACUGCUUUUGGUGCUAAGUUACCACCAGGCGGAGGAGGCUGUAAGUACAGCCGUAUAGUCUCUGGAUCUUAUGACGAGUCGAUUCAUAUAUGGCGGAGGGAUAAAGAAGGUGUCUGGAAGCCUCAACAUACCCUUCGACAAGAAGAAGGGUCCCGGGCUGCAAUUAGAAUGUGGGCCAGAACACCUCGAAAACCCAACACGAACCCAGCAUGGCUAAUGAGGGCCACUUCAAAGGCGUCCGAAUCAUCAAACAAUGAGGAACCGUUACCUGAUAUGUCAAAACUUUCUCCAGAAAUCCGGAUUGAAAGAGCGAUCGCUUCUGGUGCAAACGGCCUACUUGAGACACUCAAUAAGUACCCAGAAUUAUUGAAUAAUGAAUAUUUGAGACUUGCCAUCGCUCGUUCACCAGAGCACACAAGAAACUUGAUGAGUCAAGUCCUCAUUGCAGCUUUACAGGCGAAAGGCUACGAUACACGUGAUUUGUAUGCUUCAUUACAGAACGAUGCAUUCACGACUGCAGUACCAUCGGUACCAAAUCUUCCGGGGAUAUCCAAUGUUGGAGUAACUCUAACUGGUCCUGCUCAUCACCCGAUACAAAAUCCACAUCCACAGCAUGCUCGUGUAUUCAAACUUCAAUUUGAUGCUCGGAGAAUCAUUUGCUGUAGCCAAACACCCACGAUUGUUGGAUGGGAUUUUGCGAAUGGUGAUGAAGAUAUUAUUGAAGCAAGUCGAUUCUUUGCUCCUAUGGAGUAG